CCUGCGACACAGUUUAACAGGGUUGCCUAACCUUGGUUUGAGGUAUGCAAUAUAUGACUAAUUAUUUAGCUACAUCAAAUGUUUUAGCCACAUCCUAACUUCAACGCUGAGAGAAAUUAAGUAGAUACGCAGUUAUCGCUCCCAGUCAGCUAUCACAAGCGCGCGAAAAAAUAGAUAGGCUACAGUAGGAUACAGCCACCUACAAAAAAGGCUUACCGCAAGGAGUGAAAACAGAUUAACGGAGGAGAAGGAAUGAAUAGCUCGAGGGAUGGGUGAAUGAAGAACGCUGGAUACACCCACCAUCUCAAGUCUAAAACUGAAGGAGCGCUAUCUGAAGAUAGUUUGCCAACAGCCGGCAAAGGAAGACUCGAAGGAAGGGUCCAUUGGGAGCAAUAUUACCUAUAAACGUAUGCUUUAAAAAGGUUUUCUGAGCUCCUUACCUGUAACAGUGUGAAGGAUGCAGGCUAUAGGACUAAAGACGUUGGUGUGGAGUUCUCUACUCUCUCUUGCUCUUAUCUCGCUCUUACCAGUGCCAGCUUGGGGUCAAGUUGCCACUCCACGAAAGCUUCGCUUCAAAGUUCUGAGCACAUCUCAGCUCCAUGUGUCAUGGAAAGAGCCCAAAGGAGACUUUGAAAGCUACAGAUUUAUUUAUAGCACACAAUCAGAUGCAAAGGGGACUGAAAUGGAGGUGACAAAGAUGGAACCCAAAGUGACCAUAGACUUUGACCCCAGCCAGGAUUAUACUGUCAAGGUCACUGCUGUGAAAGGUGAUCAGGAGAGCAAGCCACUCCUAGGAACAUUUCAGGCACAAAUUUCAAAACCAGACAGGGACAAGAUACAGUCUCAGAAUGUACGACCCAAGAACCAGAAAGACACCAGUUUCACAGAGGAAAACAAUGAGAUAUCCGAAGAACAGUUCAUUUGUAAGACGCCAGCCAUAGCAGAUAUCGUGAUCCUGGUGGAUGGAUCAUGGAGUAUCGGUCGGAUUAACUUCCGCCUGGUCCGUAUGUUCCUAGAAAACCUGGUUAGCGCCUUCCCAGUAGACUUUGAAAAAACACGGAUAGGUCUAGCCCAGUACAGUGGUGACCCCAGGAUUGAGUGGCACCUGAACACAUACACCACCAAAGAAGCGGUAAUUGACGCUGUGAAGAACCUGCCCUACAAAGGAGGGAACACUCUGACAGGUCUUGCUUUGACGUACAUCCUGGAGAACAGUUACAAACCUGAGUCCGGAUCCAGAGCCGGUGUUCCCAAAAUUGGAAUACUGAUCACAGACGGGAAGUCUCAAGAUGAUGUCCAACCCCCAGCUCAGAGUCUAAAAGAUGCUGGAAUAGAACUGUUUGCCAUUGGUGUGAAGAAUGCCGAUGAAAAAGAGCUAAAGGCAAUUGGCUCAGCUCCAGAGGAGACACAUGUCUACAACGUGGCUGACUUCAGUGUCAUGAGCUCCAUUGUGGAGAGCCUGACUAGGACAGUCUGCGAACGGGUCGAACAGCUCGACAGGGCAAUCAAAGGUGAAAAAGGCCCAGUGGUCACCAUGGCUGCUCCCAGAGACCUGGUGACCUCAGAGGUGACGGCUAGAAGCUUCCGGGUGUCUUGGACCCACUCUCCAGGGACAGUGGAAAAGUACCGGGUGGUGUACUACCCUGCCAGUGGGGGCCAGCCUGAGGAGAAGGUAGUGCUGGGCACAGUGGACACAGUGGUGCUCAACUACCUCCUUUCUUUGACUGAGUACCAGGUGGCUGUUUUCGCCAUCUAUGCCAGCUCAGCUAGCGAGGCCCUCCGAGGCAGUGCCACCACAUUGGCACUGCCCAUGGUGAACAACCUGGAGCUGUUUGACAUCACCCAUAACACCAUGAGGGCCCGCUGGAGGGUCGCAGAGGGGGCUUCUGGGUACAUGAUCCUCUAUGCCCCACUGACCGAGGGAGACAUUGCUGACGAGAAGGAGGUGAAAGUGUCAGAAACGGUGAACGAAGUGGAGCUGCCCGACCUGACUCCGGACACAGAGUACACAGUGACUGUGUACGCCAUGUACGGAGAGGAGGCCAGCGACCCCAUGACCGGCCAGGAGACCACACUACCCCUGACCCCUGCACGAAACCUGCGCUUCUCCGACGUCGACCACAGCUCGGCCAGACUCAACUGGGAGGCGGGAUCCGGGAAGGCUAACGGCUACCGCGUCAUGUACGUCAAGACCAAUGGCGUGCAGACCAACGAGAUGGAUGUUGGCCGCAUUACCACCCUGUUGCUUAGGAAUCUGACCUCACUGACCGAGUACACAGUGGCCAUCUUUGCUAAAUAUGAUGAGGGCCAGGCUGAGCCCCUGACCGACAGCUUCACCACUAAGGAAGUCCCAGAACCUCUGAACCUGAGAAGCAGUGAAGUCUCCACAGAGAGCUUCAGGGUCAGCUGGCAGAACUCAGCCCAAGACGUGGUCCUCUACAAACUCACCUGGACCCCAACUAGUGGAGGAGAAACUAAAGAGAUGUUACUGAACGGCAAUAUGAACAGCCAUCUGCUGACUGGACUGAGGUCAGUCACUGAGUAUGAGGUCUCUCUGUCCGCUGUCUACAGAAAUGAGGAGGAAAGUGAAGCAGUGAUACUCACAGAGUCAACAGUGGCAAGAACAACAACUACCACAAAGGCUACUACCACCAUGACUACCACAAAAGCAACCACUACACCAGUGGUACACCUGGGUGUGAGGAACCUCCUCCUCAGCGAUCACACCACCUACAGCAUGGAGGUGUCCUGGGAGCUGCAGGACCGCAACGUACUUCACUAUCGCGUGGCCUUCGUCACCGCCAAGGGCGACCGUGCCGUGGAGACGAUGAUGGUCCCCGGUGGUCAGAGCAGCCUCUUGCUGCAACCGUUGCUUUCUGACACGGAGUACAAGGUGACAGUCACCCCUGUCUACGCCGACGGAGACGGCCCCGGUGUCAGCCGCAUGGGACGCACCCUGCCAUUGUCUGCUCCCAGGAACCUCAGAGUGUCAGAGGAAUGGUACAACCGCUUCCGGAUAUCCUGGGACAUGCCCCCCUCCCCCACGAUGGGCUACAGGGUCGUCUACAAACCCAUCUCUGCCCCGGGACCUGCUCUGGAGACUUUCGUGGGUGAGGACGUGAACACCAUGCUGAUUCUGAACCUGCUAAGUGGCACCGAGUACGGCGUCAGGGUCAUCGCCUCCUACACCACUGGCUCCAGCGAGGCCCUCACCGGCAAGGCCCGGACUAUGUAUCUGGGAGUGACUAACCUGAACACCUACCAGGUGAGGAUGAACAGCAUGUGUGCCCAGUGGAAUGCCCACCGCCAUGCCACUCUCUACCGGGUGGUCAUUGAGUCACUGCUGAAUGGACAGAAGCAGGAGGCAAGGCUGGGAGGUGGAGCCAUGCGCCAUUGCUUCAGUGACCUGACGGCUAAUACGCAGUACAAGAUCAGUGUGUACGCCCAGCUCCAGGACACCGAAGGACCUGCAGUCACCACCAUAGAGAAGACCUACCCUGUUCCCACUGCGGCACCCACUAGACCUCCCACCACCACCCCUCUCCCCACCAUCCCCUCAGCCAAGGAAGUUUGCAAGGCUGCUAAAGCGGAUCUGGUGUUUCUAGUGGAUGGCUCUUGGAGCAUUGGGGAUGAAAGCUUCCUGAAAAUCAUCCGCUUCCUGUACAGCACUACAGGAGCCCUUGACAGUAUUGGACCAGAUGGCACUCAGGUUGCCAUUGUCCAGUUUAGUGACGAUCCCAGGACCGAGUUCAAACUCAACUCGUAUAAUGACAAGGAGAGGCUGCUGGAGGCCAUAAACCGCAUCUCCUACAAGGGAGGGAACACUAAGACAGGCUUAGCCAUCCGGCAUGUGAAAGACAGCAUCUUCACGGUGGCAGGCGGAAUCCGGAGGGGCAUCCCCAAAGUGCUGGUGGUUUUGACCGACGGACGCUCUCAGGACGACGUCAACAAGGUCUCCAAGGAGAUGCAGAUGGAAGGGUACAUUGUUUUUGCCAUUGGUUUUGCGGAUGCCGACUACGGUGAGCUGGUAAGCAUAGCCAGCAAGCCCAGCGAGAGACACGUCUUCUUUGUGGACGAUUUGGACGCCUUUAAGAAGAUUGAGGAGAAGUUGGUCACCUUUGUUUGCGAGGCCGCCACCGCCACUUGUCCUUCGGUGGGGAUAAGUGGCAGCACCUUACCAGGUUUCCGGAUGAUGGAGAUGUUUGGCCUAGUGGAGGGUCUGCAUAGAGGUGUAUCAGGAGUGUCCAUGGAGCCCGGUACCUUCAACAGCUUCCCCUGCUUCCGCCUGCAUGGCAACUCCCUCCUGGUCCAGCCCACCAAGUUUAUCCACCCCGAGGGCUUGCCUUCUGAUUACACCAUCACUAUGCUGUUCCGCCUGCUGCCUGAAACUCCCAAAGAGCCCUUUGCGUUGUGGGAGAUCCUCAACAAGGACAAUGAGCCCCUGGUGGGCGUCAUCCUGGAUAACCUCGGCCAAACCCUAACCUUCUUCAACAAUGACUACAAAGGAGACUUCCAGACUGUGACCUUCGAGGGACCUGAGAUUAAGAAGCUCUUCUAUGGCAGCUUCCACAAGCUCCACUUGGCUAUUAGCAAGACCAAUGCCAGGGCUGUCAUCGACUGUAAGCUGGUGGGCGAAAAGGCCAUCAAUGCUGCGGGGAACAUCACCACAGACGGGCUGGAGGUGCUGGGGCGCAUGGUGCGUUCACGGGAGAAGAAAGACACUUCUGCACCUUUUCAACUGCAGAUGUUUGACAUUGUGUGCAGCACGUCCUGGGCCAGCCGAGACAAGUGCUGUGAACUUCCUGGUCUGAGGAAGGAGGAGGACUGUCCAGCCAUGCCGCGGGCCUGCACCUGCACCCAGGACAGCAAAGGCCCCCCUGGCCCCACUGGACCCCCCGGUGGUCCCGGGAUCCGAGGAGCGAGAGGAGAUCGCGGAGAGCCAGGACCUGUGGGGCCCAUUGGUCCAGUAGGAGACGCUGGAACUCCUGGGCAGCAGGGGCCUCCUGGACCCCAGGGCCCCAGUGGACGCACUAUCAUGGGCCCCCCGGGUGGUCCCGGAGAGAAAGGUGAAAAGGGUGCAGCUGGCCCUCCAGGAAUACAGGGCAUCCCAGGAUCUCCUGGGUCAGUAGGUCGAGAGGGACAAACUGGGCCACGGGGACUGCCCGGUAAAGAUGGACCCCAGGGCCGAACAGGACCUCAAGGGACUAUUGGCAGUCCCGGAGCCCCAGGCUCACCAGGGUCAAGUGGACCUCCAGGGUCACUUGGAGAACAAGGACCACCUGGUCCUGUCGGAAGCAAAGGAGAAAAGGGUGAAAGAGGUGACCUACAAUCCCAGGCAUCGGUCCAAGCUAUUGCUCGGCAGGUCUGUGAGCAGCUUAUACAGAGUCACAUGGCUCGGUACAGCUCUGUCCUCAACCACAUCCCCAGCGCGCCCGUCUCCGUCCGCACUGUUCCCGGACCCCCAGGGGAGCCCGGGCGUCAAGGCAGCCCAGGGCCGCAGGGAGAGCAGGGGCCCCCAGGCAGACCAGGCUUCCCCGGAUCCAAUGGAGAGAACGGACAGCCAGGGUCCAGAGGUUUGCCUGGAGAGAAGGGCGAAAAGGGAAGCCCAGGAUUAGGAGUCCAGGGUCCCAGAGGCCCCGUAGGACCCCCAGGACCACCAGGUCAGGGUCGGACAGGCAGUCAGGGUCCAUCGGGUCGCCCGGGCAACCCUGGAUCCCCGGGGCGUCCGGGUAUCCCUGGACCAGUGGGGUCGGCGGGCCCGCCUGGAUACUGUGAUCAAAACUCCUGCGUGGGCUUCAACGUAGGAGAGGUUGACCCAGAUGUUGACCCAUCUGACCGCGGCAAUCUUCCCUUAGUCCAAAUGCCCCCAAACACUUACCAGAACUACGACGAGGCCGAGGAGGAUGACCCGUACAGGUACGGCGGCGGGGGAUACCCCUCCGAGUACUACCAGCCAAACUACCCGGCACCCAGACCCGUCGAACCUGAGGACCCUGCCCUGACCAACGGGGACGAGGUGCUGAGGUCCCCCGGCAUCCGUCGCUCCUCUAGGAGUCUGGCUGAAGCGGCUGGCAAGAAAACCGAGGAAGAGGGGCCGGGGGAGAGGAGGAUGGUCGGUCCCAUGCAGGGGAGCAGGCUAAGGAAGGCCUUGCUCUCCGGGACACAGGACUGAGGGGUUGGGCCUGUUCAGCUGAGGGAGAAAUAUCCAAAAUACCACACUCCUGUACCUGCGUCACCGUGCAGUCAAAAGACUAUCAUAAAGUGCCUGAUGUUAGUGUAAAGGGACAUACGGGAAGGAAAGCGUGAAAGGGGUUGGAUAGGAGAAUGGGGGGGGUGGCCUGCCAUUUCUCUUCUCUCUGGAAGUGUCGCGGUCGCUGGUGUAGAUAGGGUCGCUGUUGGUUCCAGUGUGGUCAGAUUGUUUUUUAUGUGAAUCGGUUACAUCAAGACAGAUUGUGUUGUUUUUGUUUUUGGCACACCACCUCUUGUGCUUCAGUAAUCUAAUUUCAUGAAAUUGAUCAACAUCCUGGUCACAGUUUACUUCAAGUGCCUGUUUAUGAUCUUAGUAAAUACUGGAAGAGCAUAGAAAUAUGGAAUAGUAUGGUAUCAUAUUGUAAUCCUAAAUCGCAUGGUUUGAACCCCUCUAUGAUGACUGGCUGAAAGCUGAGGCCGUGCACCAAGGGUGUGACAAAGACAUUCUUAUUGUUAUAUUUGCAUUGGUAAUACAGUGCCCUCCACAAAUAUUGGCACCCUUGGUUAAUAUUAGAAAGAAAAAGUAUUUAUUGUAUGUCCUCUUGAUCUUUCAUUAAAAAUAUUAAGAAAAUUCUAACCUUUAAUUAAAGUAAAACAAUUGAAAGGAAAAAUUAUUUCAUUAUAGCCCAUUUGGAGGGCACAGUAAGCCUUGUGGGUUUGAGGCAUAGGAUACCCACUCUUGGUUUGUGGUAUAUAACAUCCUGCUUUUGGCUGCUUUGUUUCCAAAAACACUCAUUAGCCAAAUAUCCCACAUAUCAUUCCUUAUUGCUAUUAUAAACCAAUUAUAAACCAUCAACUUAGUUAGAACUGUAAAAACUCGUUAUGCUUAUAAAAUUAUGUUUUCGAUCUACUGCUUGGUCAGGUUAAUGAAUUUAAAAACCUUUACUGAUAACUGUCCAACUAUUUGAUACAUUUUUACUAACAUUAUAAAUAGGCUCAAUAUGACCAGUUACUCAAGUUGUUCAAAACUGUUAUUAUUUAUUUCAAUUAAAUGUCCCGGAGUGUAAUAAUUGCAUGUGUGUUCAUCAUCUAAUCAUACCACGUCAAUCUGUACUGCUAUUUUGUCCCCAGCCAAAAGAUAUAAUAUAUCUACAUAAAUAUGUUUUCAUUCAAGCUACCAGCGAUAUUGCCCAAAUAUUACCCCAGUUGCAGUGUUACAAUACAAAGACAUUGCUCUUUGUAAUUUAUUUUAUUUUACAAAAUGUCUUCAAAGGGUGUUUGAGAAGGUGCUAAAUAUGUAAUAUAACAUGAUAAUUAGUUAAGUAUGUGGUAAUUAGUUUAAAAUAUUUCUUUUCUAUUAAUGUAUGUUUGUUUUAUUGCAAAAAGGUCUGCAGAAUGAGAGCGUUCACCUUAUAGUAUUGUGAUGAGUGAUUAGGCCUGUGGUCUAUUCGCUCUGCAUAGCUCCAGAGAUAAACUACAGUUUGUGGAAAGGGCCACUGUAGUACCUCUCAUUCAAACAUAAUUUCAAACAAGGAAGUAAUUUAUUUUCUACUUGGUAUUGAAUUUUCAAACAAUAAAAUUGAAGUACAACUAUUAUUCCUGGUGGGUACUCUCAACACUGCUUCUCUGGGUGUUUGUUUUUUCCGACAAACAUGCACAACGGAACCCAGUGCUGAACUUUUAUUCACUAGAGGGCCCACACAGAUGGCAAUCACAUAGCAAUGUGUUGCUAAAGCGGAGUCUUACAGUUGAUUUUCUGUACCCUGCAAUUCUCUCUUCCUGUGAAAAGGGGUGCGCUCACACACUGAAACUCUAGGAGCAAGCACUGCAAUACUUUUUUCCUUUUGAAUCUCUAAGCUGCACACUAUCACUGCUUUUUCAGCUUCCUGCACUACCCAUAGGACCUACAUCCAAAUGAACUGAUGGAAGUGACACACAACCAGAAAUGUUUUCCCUCUGUCUAAUUGCAGUGUGAGUAGUCUGCUUUCCUACCACACUGAGUCUUCACAGCCUCCUGGGGAGAGGUGUAAUUACAUGAUCUGCACCCAGGAAGUCACCAGGCCAGAUGUUAGAUCCCCUGCGGUUACACUGCUAAAUGGGCCUUUGUGACAGUCAGACGAAGGCCCCCGUACAUUUAACUCAGCAUUUCUUCUCGAGGCAUUGGCGAAUUAGUGCCUUCACUGCUACUCUUCCUCUGCCUCAAAGCCUGGAUUGAUCCAACUUACCCUUAAGUAAACCUAAGGGCAAAGCAUAUACACAUAUUACCAUUCAGCUUCCCCAUUGCCAUAGGGGAGGGGCAAAACAAUGAUUUACUACAGUAUGUGAUGUCAGUUUUCAGUGGGGAUUUGAGGCCAGGAAAAAGGGAGCACAAUAUCAGAUUUAGCAUAAAAAGGAAAUGAUCAAACUCCCAGGUGUUGUGUAUUCGCAUGCAGUGAAUAGGUUCUACUGCUCCCAAGUUUCAAAGGCAGCUGCUAGUGCUACUGAAAGAGGGGGAAAUCCUUAUUUAAAAGGCCUUCACCAUUUCAAUCGCAAUUUUCGGAGGUAAAUGCUUAUGCAGGGGAAGGUUUAUGGUUAAAUAUCUUCUCUACCAUGUCAGUUUUAGUGCGGUUUCCGGAGGUUGAAGGUAGUGAUGGUAGGUUAAAAGUGGCGUAGACUACUGCAGUGUCACUCAGGCUGCAAUAGUUUUUUGUAUCACAUGGUUCAAGAGUUUAUCGAUGUGAAAUGAAGGCUUACUGUAUACAGUGUAAUGGAGUUGGAAACCUGUAAUACACUGGUGGUGAAGACUAGCCUACUGUACUCCAUAGUCAAAGGAUCUCCUAAAGGUAGAGUUCCAAAUUACUAUCUCCCUAUUUCUCCUCCCUGUUCCUCUUCCCUAUUGUCUUUUUCCUCUCUCCUCGCAUCACUUUCAUGAACUCAAUCAUCCACAAAACAUACACACCCUAUAAGGAAUUCUGAUUCUGAUUUCAGACAAGUCAUGUCACGAUCACUGCUAGGUUACCCAGUAUUUAGGUCAAGUGAAAACAGGGAAGGCUCAUCCUGGCGAAGGGUACAGUGGCAGAUGUUUCUCAGCUUUGUGCUAGCUGUCAAAGCUUAAAACCAGGUAAUUUACCAGUGCAUUCCACAUACAAAAUGAGGCACAGCUUUAUACGUAAAGAUGCCACCGUCACCAUGUUUAGACCUAUAUUUUUUACUGUGGGAAGUAUUUCCUCUUGUAUUUUUUAUACUUUUACUGGGAGAGAAUAUGACAAAUGGGCAGGCCUGAACACAACCUUUGGAAAGGAUUUUGACCGAGUACCCCACCUAGUGUGGAUUUCAGGAAAUGCAUGAUCUUCAAAGAAAGGUUUAGGCUAAACAAACACUGUAUUUUCUAUGAAAGGCACAGUGCAGUCUUUUUUUUUAUUUUAUCACCACUAUGUCUCUAAGAUUUCUCUAUUCAUGUCUCAUGUUGGCUGGCUACAACUUUGGUACCUUAAAUACAUCUAGCAAUCCUUUUAGAAUGUAAAACUUUCUAGAAUUCUGUAGUGUCAGGUAAACUGAUGAAGUGGAAAAGGUAUGAAUAUUUGUACACUCUAAAUGACUUGUACAUGUUCAUGUGAAAACCGUAUUUGGAAGCUAGUUAGCUAAGAAACAGUGGUAACGUCCUCACAUAGAAUUCCCAUUAACGUUGGUGAUUAAUAGUACAAUUGUCAUUCUUCAUGAACAAAACAUGAGAUGCUGGGUGUAAUUCAGACAUAAAUGGCAUAAGUCACUGAGGAGCCCUGACAAAACAUACUAGAAAUAACUUUUUUUGGAAUUCUACUUUAAUUAGUUUAAAAAUUUCAUUGCA